GAGAGACACCAGACAAGACACAGAGACAGCAACAGACUAUGAUAUGAUGGAGAGAGAUACCAGACAAGACACAGAGACAGCAACAGACUAUGAUAUGAUGGAGAGAGACACCAGACAAGACACAGAGACAGCAACAGACGACACAGAGAAAGUAAUGGAGAGAGACAGAAGAAUAGAUUUCCAGACAGUUGUAGAAUGUAUGCCAAGACACAUUGUAAGAGCUAUAAAGAGAGAGGGAGAGAGAACAGGCAGAACCUGAUAUGUAAAUGAGCAGAGCAAAUGAAAGUAACUUUUGACGACCCGAUGAUCAUGCAGACUCUGUUUCUAUUGAGAGAUAAAAGGCUGGUUGAAUGAGUUGUCUAUGAAAGCUACUUCAUCUGUAAGAAAACAGGCGUCUGCACCAGUGACUGGGUCAGUGCUCUAAAAUGAGUCUCUCUGGGGAGAGAGAGGAGGGGGGCCCUGCCUCUAAAAUGCAUCUCUCUGGGGGACAUGACACCAAAGCUAAGAGACCAAUGAAGCAGGAGAGACCAGCCUCCCCUGUUCCCAGCUGUGUGUCCAUGAAGAGUGACGGGUCUAUGAAUCCUCCUAUAAAGUUUAGAGAGGGAGACUUUUCUACUGAACAAAGACCAAUCCAGCAGGAGAGACCAGACUCCCCUGUUCCCAGCUGUGUGUCCAUGAAGAGUGACCGGUCUAUGAAUCCUCCUCUAAACUUUAGAAAGGGAGACUUUUCUACUGAACAAAGAAACCAACAGGAGAGAUCAGAGUCAGAGAUUCUCAGUGGUCAGUCUUCCCAGAGUCAUCAAACAGACCUGGCCUCCAUAUUCAGUUUGCUUGAAGAGAAAAUGAUGACAUUUAUGAAGAACGAGCUGAGGAUGUUCAAGAGGAUUCUUAGUCCAGAACUCCCAGAAGGCUUUGAGAGUCAGAAGCAGGAUAAGGAAGUGGUGGAUGCUGAAGAUGAGAAGCAGGAGAGCAGUGCCAGAGAGGGGGCUCUGAAGAUCACACUGCACAUCCUGAGGAAAAUGAACCAGAAGGAGCUUGCUGACACACUGGAGAAAUAUUCAGAUGAUCUUGCUGUGAUUUGCCAACGUGAACUCAAAUCUAAUCUAAAGAAGAAGUUUCAAUGUGUUUUUGAGGGAAUCGCUAAACAAGGAAACCCAACACUUCUCAAUAAGAUCUACACAGAGCUCUACAUCACAGAGGGUGGAACAGGAGAGGUCAAUAAUGAACAUGAGCUGAGACAGAUUGAGACAACAACCAGGAAACAACAAGCAGAGACUGCAAUCAAAUGUAACGACAUCUUCAAACCCUUAACUGGACAAGACAAAUGUAUCAGAACUGUGCUGACAAAGGGAGUCGCUGGCAUUGGAAAAACAGUCUCUGUGCAGAAGUUCAUUCUGGACUGGGCUGAAGGAAAAGCAAAUCAGGAUGUCCAAUUUGUAUUUUCAUUCCCUUUCCGGGAGCUGAAUUUGAUGAAAGAGGACAAACACACUUUGGUUGAUCUUCUUAAUCACUUCUCAAUGGAAACCAAACAAUUAAGAAUCUCCAACUACGACAAGUACAAAGUUCUGUUCAUUUUUGAUGGUCUGGAUGAGUGCCGACUGCCCCUAGACUUCCAGAAGAACAAGAUCUGUUGGGACGUCACAGAGUCAACCUCAGUGGAUGUUCUGCUGACAAAUCUCAUCAGGGGAAAUCUGCUUCCCUCUGCUCUCCUCUGGAUAACUACCCGACCUGCAGCAGCCAAUAAGAUCCCUUCAGUGUGUGUUGACCAGGUGACAGAGGUACGAGGGUUCAAUGACCCACAGAAGGAGGAGUACUUCAGGAAGAGAUUCAGUGAUGAGGACCUGGCCAGCAGAAUCAUCUCACACAUAAAGACAUCAAGGAGCCUCCACAUCAUGUGCCACAUUCCAGUCUUCUGUUGGAUUUCUGCAACAGUCCUUGAACACAUGCUGAAACAUAAGAGAGAAGAGAUGCCCAAGACUCUGACUGAGAUGUACACACACCUUGUGGUGUUUCAUACCAAACAGAAGAAUGAAAAGUAUCUUGGGAAAGAAGAGACAGGUCCACACUGGAAUAAAGAGAGCAUUCUGUCACUGGGAAAACUGGCUUUUCAACAGCUUGUGAAGGGCAAUCUGAUUUUCUAUGAAGAAGACCUGAAAGAGUCUGGCAUUGAUGUCAAUGAAGCCUCAGUGUACUCAGGAUUGUGCACACAGCUCUUUAAAGAGGAAUGUGGGCUGUACCAGGACAAGGUGUACUGCUUCGUGCAUCUGAGUAUUCAGGAGUUUCUGGCUGCUGUAUAUGUGUUCCUCUCAUUCAUCAACAACAAUGAGAAUCUAAUGGACAAACUGCAAACAAACAACGAGUCUGAAGUUACUGUCUACAAGAGUGCUGUGGAUAAAGCCUUACAAAGUGAGACGGGAAACCUGGACCUUUUCCUCCGCUUCCUUCUGGGCCUCUCACUGGAGUCCAAUCAGAAGCACUUACAAGGUCUACUGACAACGACAAGAAGCAGCUCACAGAGCCAUGAAGAAACAGUCAAGUACAUCAAGGAGAAGAUCAGGGAGGAUCUCUCUCCAGAGAGGAGCAUCAAUCUGUUCCACUGUCUGAAUGAACUGAAUGACCAUUCUCUAGUGGAGGAGAUCCAAAGCUACCUGAGAUCAGGAAGUCUCUCAAAACCCAACCUGUCACCUGCACAGUGGUCAGCUCUGGUCUUUGUGUUGCUGACUUCAGAAAAGGAGCUGGAUGUGUUUGACCUGAAGAAAUACUCCAGAUCAGAGGAAGGUCUUCUGAGGCUGCUGCCAGUGGUCAAAGCCUCCAGAGCUGCUCUGCUGUCAGGCUGUGGAGUCACAGAGGAAGGCUGUGCUUCUCUGGUCUCAGCUCUGGAGUCAAACCCCUCACACCUGAGAGAGCUGGACCUGAGUAACAAUGACCUGAAGGAUUCAGGAGUGAAGCUGCUCUCUGCUGGACUGGGGAAUCCCCACUGUAAACUGGAGACUCUGAGGCUGUCAGGCUGUCUAGUCACAGAGGAAGGCUGUGCUUCUCUGGUCUCAGCUCUGAGGACAAACCCCUCACACCUGAGAGAGCUGGACCUGAGCUACAAUCACCCAGGAGACUCAGGAGUCAGACUGGUCUCUGCUGGACUGGAGGAUCCACACUGCAGACUGGAGAAACUCAAUGUGGAACAUGGUGGAGAGAACAGAAUGAAACCUGGGCUUAGAAAAUAUGUCUGUGAUCUCACACUGGACCCAAACACAGUAGACAGACGCCUCUCUCUGUCUGAGGGGAACAGAAAGGUGACAAGGAGGAGAGAGGAGCAGCCGUAUCCUGAUCACCCAGAGAGAUUUAAGGACUGUGGACAGGUGCUGUGUAGAGAGGGUCUGACUGGGCGCUGUUACUGGGAGGUAGAGUGGAGUGGGAGAAGGGCUGAUAUAGGAGUGACAUAUAAAGGAAUCAACAGGAGAGGAGAGGGUGCUGACUGUUGUCUUGGAUACAAUGACAAGUCCUGGAUUCUGAACUGCUCUGACAACAGUUACUCUGCCUGGCACAAUAAUAAUCUCACUACCAUAGACGUCCCCCCCUCCAGCUCCCACAGAGUAGGAGUGUAUCUGGACUGGCCAGCCGGCACUCUGUCCUUCUACAGAGUCUCCUCUGACACACUGACCCACCUGAACACAUUCACCUCCACAUUCACUGAGCCCAUCUAUCCAGGGAUUCAUAGUUGGUAUGAUGGCGACUCAGUGUCUCUGUGUCUAACACAACAUGAUGUUUCACUCUAAUCAUGGUUCAGUUAUACACACUGGAGCGUCAUUGUAGAAUAUCUCUCUGUGUGUAAACAUCUCUAUCCAGGGUGACUCCUCUUCAGUGUCUCUGUGUCAAACACAACAUGAUGUUUCACUCUAAUCAUGGUUCAGUAAGACACACUGGAGCAUCAAUGUAGAAUAUCUCUCUGUGUGUAAACAUCUCUAUCCAGGGUGACUCCUCUUCAGUGUCCCUGUGUCAAACACAACAUGAUGAUUCAAUCUAUUCUUAUGUGUUUAUUUAACCUAUAUUUAACUUGACAUGUCAGUUCUUAUUUUACAAUGACUUCCUACCCCGGCCAAACCCUCCCCUAACCCAGACGAUGCUGGGCCAAUUGUGUUGCCUUUCCCGAUCGCUAUUGUAUCUGUUGAGAUACAGCCUGGGAACUGUUACUGUAAUUUAAUUAUACCAAUGUGUUUUCAUUAAUUUAAUUCCCUUAAUAUAUUUUAUGAGAACACAAACAAAAUACAUUCUAAAUGACAAGUAUCUCACAAGCAUAUUAUGAAAAUAAAACAUCUUAUCUAUGUUAUUCAACUAAUGUUGAUUCUGCGACGACAUGCCCCUCUCAAGGGACUCAGUCCCUUCUGAAGAGUCAGAAUAGUAGGUGUUACUGUAAUUUAAUUAUACCAAUGUGUUUCAUUAAUUUAAUUCCCUUCAUCUAUUUUAUGAGAAUUUGUAAGAUUCUUGUUUGCAUAAAAUAGACGGAGACCAGUCUUUUCAAUAAUAGGUAACAGAAUUUACUCUCGGAGCACGCUGCCACGUUACCACGAGCAACAGUUUAUAUACAAUAACAUGACGUCAUUUCAUUGCUCCUAAAAUGAAUCUCCUCCUCCAGACCGGGUCAAAGGUUCAUUCUGAGUUCAUUCUGACCCCCCAGCACAUACACAGGACACACAACACAACUGAAUUAACUUUUGACCCCUCAACAUUAUCGAUCACCACGUAGCUGACAGUUCUAAUUAACAGAAAACCUAGGAAUGCACUCACUGUCUUAUCUUAACAAACUAUAGUUUUGUCAAGUUGAUUGGGACAUUUACUUUGUGCAGUAACAUGAAAUUUGUGGAGUGGUUGAAAAACAAGUUUUAAUGACUCCAACCUAAGUGUAUGUAAACUUCAGAUUUCAACUGUACAUUCUGUUACCAUGGAAAUAAAAAAACAAUGGCUACAUCAAGAGAUACAUUCUGUUACCAUGGAAAUAAACAGGAAGUAUGUACAUGAUAUAUUUCAGUCAUCCAUCAUAAGCUCUUAUCCAGCACGACUCACAGUAGUUAGUGAUACAUGUUAGUACUUGUCCCCUGUGGGAGUCGAACCCACAACCCUCAUGUUGCUACCCCCUUGCUCUACCAACUGAGCCACAAGGGAAUAGAGACAGUGAUGAGAAAUACUAAUUACCAGUAGAAAGAUUUCUUACCUGCACCACACACACCAAUGACAGUGUGGUUAACAGGGCACAACACUGCUCCAGGGCCUGUGGUCGACACUGUGCUCCAAGUCUCCAACCUCUAUGUGUGUGGGUGAGUAAGUGGGCCGAGUAUAAGUGGGAUGUAUGAGAGAUAAAUAUGUUGGCAUCUCAUCCCCUUCAGACCACUAAUGAAACUCAGACACAACUUCCCAGUAAAGGGUUUAACAUACAGAUGUAGCAUCUCAUCCCCUUCUGACCACUAAUGAACAACUCUUGACUUAGUGUUCCAUUACAUCAGUGUUCCAUUACAUCAGUGUUCCAUUACAUCAGUAAAUGACUGGUAAGUCAAAGGUAACAUGCCCAAGAGCUCCUGAGUGGGCAGCGGUCUAAGGCACAGCAUCUCAGAGCUAGAGGUGUCACUACAGACCCUGGUUGGUUCCUGUUAGGAAAGUUAUGAUUAAAUGACUGAACAAAUCAUUUUAAAUGGAACUGUAACUAAGUAAACUUAUACUCUUUUAUUAUAUAUGAUUAACAACAUGAGUUCAUAAGAAGGGAUUGUGAGACACGGACAAGGAGUAAUUAAAGUUAAUGAACACCAUUCCAACUAGGCAGAAACAAAUGGGUUGUGGACUGUAUUAACAGAUAAGGCAGUUAACCUAUGGUUGAACCGAUGAAACUGAGCUCUGGGGUGUGUAAACAAUUAAUUUUUCCAACAAUUGUUUACAGACAUAUUAUUUCACUUAUAAUUCAGUGUAUCACAAUUCCAGUGGGUCAGAAGUUUACAUACACUAAGUUCACUGUGCCUUUAAACAGCUUGGAAAAUUCCAGAAAAUUAUGUCAUGGCUUUAGAAGCUUCUGAUAUGCUAGAUGACAUCAUUUGAGUCAAUUGGAGUUGUACCAGUGGAUGUAUUUCAAGGCCUACCUUCAAACUCAGUGCCUCUUUGCUUGACAUAAUGGGAAAAUCAAUAGAAAUCAGCCAAGACCUCAGAAAAAAAUUGGAGACCUCCAAUUUUUGGGCAUCCUUGGGAGCAAUUUCCAAACACCUGAAGAUACCAAGUUAAUCUGUUCAAACAAUAGUACGCAAGUAUAAACACCAUGGGACCACGCAGCUGUCAUACCGCUCAGGAAGGAGACUCGUUCUGCCUCCUAGAGAUGAACAUACUUUGUUGCGAAAAGUGCAAAUCAAUCCCAGAACAACAGCAAAGGACCUUGUGAAGAUGCUGGAGGAAACAGGUACAAAGUAUCUAUAUCCACAGUAAAACGAGUCCUAUAUCGACAUAACCUGAAAGGCCUCUCAGCAAGGAAAAUGCUGCUCCAAAACUGCCAUAAAAAAGCCAGACUACGGUUUGCAACUGCACAUGGGGACAAAGAUGGUACUUUUUGGAGAAAUGUCCUCUGGUCUGAUGAAACAAAAAUAUAACUGUUUGGCCAUAAAGACCAUCGUUAUGUUUGGAGGAAACAGUGGGAGGCUUGCAAGCCGAAGAGCACCAUCCCAACCAUGAAGCACGGGAGUGGCAGCAUCAUGCUGUGGGGGUGUUUUGCUGCAGGAGGGUCUGGUGCACUUCACAAAAUAGAUUGCAUCAUGAGAAUGGACAUUUUGUGGAUAUAUUGAAGCAACAUCUCAAGAAUUCAGUCAGGAAGUUAAAGAUUGGUCGCAAAUGGGUCUUCCAAAUGGACAAUGACCCCAAGCAUACUUCCAAAGUUGUGGGAAAAGGGCUUAAGGAAAACAAAGUCAAGGUAUUGGAGUGGCCAUCACAAUCAAUCCUAUAGAAAAUUGUGUGCAGAACUGAAAAAGCGUGUGCUUGCAAGGAGGCCUACAAACCUGACACCAGCUCCGUCAGGAGGAAUGGGCCAAAAUUCACCCAACUUAUUGUGGGAAGCUUGUGGAAGGCUACCUGAAACGUUUGACCCAAGUUAAACCAUGUAAAGGCAAUGCUACCAAAUACUAAUUGAGUGUAUGUAAGCUUCUGACCCACUGGGAAUGUGAUGAAAGAA